AUGUCGACUCGACCAGCGCCAGUGGCGCGCAAGUCGACAAAGUCGGAAUACAUCGAGACGCAUUCANNGGAUACCGGCAACAAAAUCUCUCGCAAGGCNAAAAUUGAAGGCAAGCCGAACAUCAUGCUGGGCGGCAGGACCGUCAUCAUGGCAGAUGUCUACAUGCGAGGUGACUUGCAUCGCUUCUCGAGCUCUGGUGAUGGUGGAGCAGCACAGCCUACCACAGCCAUCAGCAUUGGAAGGUACACGGUAGUUGCUACGGGCUGUACUCUGAAACCACCGUCAAGAAUCAGUCGCGGCCAGAUGGCAUACUAUCCCAUGCGCAUAGGCGACAAUGUCUUUAUCGGUAAGAACAGUCCUGCUCCAUCAUCGCGAAAAGCACACAUUGACACAAUCAANGGCCCCAACUGCCACAUCUCAGCCAUUGCGAUCAGUUCGCAUGUCUACAUUGGCGCCAAUGCAGUACUCAGUCCUUUUGCAUCAUCAAGGACAACUGCAAAAUUCUGCCGAAUACUGUGGUACCUCCCAACAUGGUGGUUCCGGUGGGUAGUAUUGUUNGGCGGUAAGCCCGGCAAAAUUGUCGGUGAGGUUGGCGAGGGAUGGGGUGUAGGUGCCGGUGCUUCCGGCGAAAGCUGGGUCGAGGGUGGUGAGCUUCGCGAUCUGGUCAGAAGCAUCAGAUGA